GUUGCCGUGGAGACACAUCAGACACAUCAAUCAACUCCAGUAUUUUGCUAAAAGCCACGCCUCGUGUAGUCAAUAAAUUCUGAAUAUUGAAUAGUGUACAUCUAACAUCUGUGAUUUUAAACGUAUUAACCACAUUUUCAAGAAAAAUUACGCGGUGACCGCUUCGUAAAGAACGUAAUGUGAGUGUUGACCCACUAGUGCUUCGUCACAACAGUCUGGCGCUUGCUUCGGUCUGAGCGAGGGAAUCACGGGAGCUUGCUCGCCAGAGCGCGCGACCACGCCAGUGUACAGUACACCAGUGUCUGCCAUGUUUGAAGAUAUUUGUGUAUUCGGGCGUGCUUGUUCGUUUGUUAUUGUAGUUCGGUGGCAUUGAAUUUUGUGUGCUAUGAAAUUGCGUCACAGGAAGUUGCCUAUUAUUGGUGCGUCAUGGUGUAUACCUAUCGAGGACUUAGUGAUUUCAGUGUGUUAGAAAUAAUGUUUUACAUGCUACAAAAAAUUUCAAGAUUCGCACAUUGUACAUACUGUCUCAUCUGCAAAGUGUUUUGAAAACAUUGUUUACAUAGGAUAUUCGAAAUUGGCGCUGAAACCAUAAUGUUUAUAUGUAAAGACAGACUAAGGAAAAUAUUUUAACCUAAAAUUGCGCCUUUUUGUGCUGCAGACAGUUGUUAUUAUUUUGCUUCCCGUGCUUUUGACCCGAGUGGGCGAGUCCAUUGUGGCUAAAGUAUCUCGGAGGGGUGCACGCAACUCAGAUGGGGUGUAGAGCCUGAGACUGACAAGUCUUCUUUGCUUCGAAAUUUUGAAGUUAAAACGUGAAUACUUUGGUUAAUAUUUUUUUCCCUUCAAUAUACGGCGUUGUAUAAUUGUUCGUGGAAGACGUUACACGUGUUCGUGUGGAUGUUUACACGGCUUUAACCUCUUUUGGGCGGAGAAUGCACUAGCGGACGGCAAGUGCUGGUGAAUUUCUUGCGUUGUGCGACACCGUCCUUGUGAAAGUGUACUGUACAGUGCGUUUCUCAUGGAUCGUAGACGGUGUAUUAUUUUGGCAGCCACUCGGAAAGGUUAAAUUUUGGAGGUUACUGCUCUCACGUUGGUUUGUUUACGUGUGGGAAAACAAAUCUAGCGGGGAACAGGUGACCUCAUGUGUAGACAAAUAUUGUGCAGUUACAUUAAUUGGGAAAAAUAACGCAGGUAAUUUAAAAUUAAACAUUUUAAUUAUUCCUUUUUUAAAAUUUUACUUUACGUUUAAGAGACGAUUUCACAUUGAAAAUGCCACUAAUGUUUUCAACUUGGUUUGAAAUUCUGUCAAACUGAAUGUUUUGUAACUGCAAGCACAGUUACAUGCGUGUGAAUAAGUGGACUGAGACAAGGGUUACGACCAUUUGGAUUCAGCAGCAGUUUUUCGAAGGCCUACUAUGUUGUGAAUCAGUGAAGUCUUAACUGGGGGGGGCCUAAAUAAAUUAAAAUUUGUUUGAGAACUAGUCAUAAUUUAAUCAGUUACAUUAUUAAGGCCUCUGUGUCUGCUGUUCGAAUUUUUGAAUUGGAUAUCACCCGACUGUAAUUCUGGAGCCAAACCUGCAGUGUGGUGUGAGCGUUCCUCAUGGUUCGAUGGUGCUCUUGAAUGCGGAGGUGUCACCGGUGGCCACACGGGCAAUGGACAGCACGGUGGUGGUGCAAGCCAAACGUCCUGAUGCUUGGCACAAGCAUGAACAAUUGAUGCUCAUGGAGAAGCAGAAACCAAAACCCGCGGAGGCGGGCGGCGCGAGGCAGCGGCAUGGCCCGCUGUACGGCCGCCUGGUGCCCGAGGAGCAGCUCGCGGCCUCCCUGGGCGCGCCCUCCGACAUCCAGGCCAUGCAGGCGCGCAUCCCGCACAACUUCCGCGACCCCGCGUCCGCGCCGCUGCGCAAGCUCAGCGUCGACCUCAUCAAGACCUACAAGCACAUCAACGAGGUGUACUAUGCCAAGAAAAAGAGAAGAGCGCAGCAAACGCAAGGUGAAGACAGCUCGCACAAGAAGGAACGCAAGUUGUACAAUGAUGGCUUUGAUGAUGACAACCAUGACUACAUCAUAAAGAAUGGGGAGAAAUUUCUCGAUCGUUACGAGAUUGACUCGCUCAUUGGCAAAGGCUCCUUUGGUCAGGUUGUGAAGGCAUACGACCAUGAAGAGCAGUGUCAUGUUGCUAUCAAAAUCAUCAAGAACAAGAAACCUUUCCUCAAUCAGGCCCAGAUUGAGGUUAAGUUGUUGGAAAUGAUGAAUAAGGCUGACGCAGACAACAAGUAUUAUAUAGGUAAAGACGACAAAAUAGUUAAAUUGAAGCGCCACUUCAUGUGGCGUAACCACUUGUGUCUGGUCUUCGAGCUGCUCUCGUACAACCUCUACGACUUGCUCCGCAACACCAACUUCCGCGGCGUCUCGCUCAACCUGACGCGCAAGUUCGCGCAGCAGCUGUGCACGGCUCUCUUGUUCCUGUCCACGCCCGAGCUGAACAUCAUCCACUGCGACCUCAAGCCCGAGAACAUCCUCCUGUGCAACCCGAAGCGCUCCGCCAUCAAGAUCGUCGACUUUGGCAGUUCGUGUCAGCUUGGCCAGAGGAUAUACCAGUACAUCCAGUCGCGGUUCUACCGGUCGCCGGAGGUGCUGCUGGGGAUCCCCUACGACCUGGCCAUCGACAUGUGGAGCCUGGGCUGCAUCCUGGUGGAGAUGCACACCGGCGAGCCCUUGUUCAGCGGGGCGAACGAGGUGGACCAGAUGAACAAGAUCGUGGAGGUGCUGGGCAUGCCUCCGAAACACGUCCUCGACCAGGCCCACAAGGCGCGCAAGUACUUCGACAAGCUGCCCGGCGACGGCUCCUACGUGCUCAAGAAGCCCAAGGACGGCAAGAAGUACAAGCUGCCCGCCACGCGGAGGCUACACGACAUCCUCGGCGUGGAGAGCGGGGGUCCCGGCGGCAGGAGGCUAGGGGAGCCCGGACAUUCGGUGUCGGACUACCUCAAGUUCAAAGACUUGAUCCUCCGCAUGCUGGACUUUGACCCCAAGACGAGGGUCACGCCGUACUACGCGCUGCAGCACAACUUCUUCAAGAGGACUGCAGACGAGGGCACCAACACCAACCCCAACUCCGGCAGCGCGAGCACCAGUCCCGCCGUCGUGGCGCCGUUUGUCGACGCGAGCAGCCCGCAAACAGUAGCACUGCCAAGUGUAGUGGGGAGUCGUGCGCGGUCUGAUCCCACCACCUCGCACCACCAUGCCGGCACGGCCGUCUAUCCGAGCAACUACACACAGAGUGCAGCCACGCAGACCGCCAUGGAGUGCGACAACUUCCCUUCAGCACGCCCCGCCCACUUCCACCACACGCACCACGCGCAUCGGUCGCGCUUCCCGCGCUCCUUCGAGUGCCCGCAGACGGGCGGUCUGAACAUGCCGCUGGUGCCUGCCGGCGGCUUCUAUCCCGCGUCCUUCGUUCCCCCGCAAGGCCCCGCGGCCUGGGGGGCGCAGCCCCCGGACUCUUCCGGGGCCCCGGCGCAGGGCGGCAGUGACAGAGAGGACAGUCCCAUGGUGGGCGUCUGCGUUCAGCAGAGUCCCGUGGCCAGCCAUUGACAGCAACUGUCGAGUUUUAGGUCGAGUGCUUGCUCCGGAUGCCUGUCAAGUUUGUCGAUGCUCGCUCAUUCGCUCGUGUAUCUGUUUUUUUAAUAUUAUGUUGUUUGUUUUUAACGAAGAUACUGGCAUGACUGCUUCACAUGAAUUUUCUUAAUGUUAAAUCUAAAGAACAUAAAGCUAACUAGCUGGAGAUUUCAAACUGUGGAGGUAUGUCUUUUGAUAAUUGUUUUUUCUUCUUUUUUUAUGUUUUUUUGCAAGAUUGUCGUUUGUGCUGAGACUGCUAUUGAAUCCAACUGCAAAAUCUGAAGAUAGUCAUCUUCAGAUGUUUGGAAUGCUUGCAUUCCACAGUUAUUGAUUAGUGGAAAUGAUGUAAGCAGUGUGCGCAACUCAAGUCAAACCUCUUGUAAUUUUUUUUUUAAUUAUAAGGCUGAUUUAAAAUAACAUAACAGUUUGGCCACAAGUAAUUUGGUAUUUUACGUAUAUUAAGUCGCUAAGUGGAGCCAAGAAGGAUCAUUAACACUUCAAGUUCAAAUGUGUUAUGAAUUUUAAAAUUAAAAUUGAAGAUGUGCUAAAAGUUUUCUAUUAAAUCGUAUUGACAGUAAAGUGAUUGUGUUCAGUUUAAUACUCGGCUAUAGCUAUUAAUUAUUACAUACUGGGACGAAACUGACGAAAGCAAUCUCUAUAAAGUGUUAUUUUCAGAAAAGAACAAAGCAAAAAAAAAAUUAAAUGUCAUUGCGGUUAGUGAGAAGCGUUUUUUCGUCAUAAUGUCAUCUCAAGCAAGUUUUUAUUUUCUGUUCUAAUGUUUGUGAUAAUAAUCUUGCCAGUUGUCAACACCCAUGUCCCACCAUCAUACAGUAACUAUGCUAAGUCAACUUAAAAGGUAUAUAACAAGGGGACCAUAUUAUACAUGAUUGUUUGAUUAGUUUGCCUUUUGUAAUCCAUACAGGCACCAUUCUCCACAUUCCUAAAUAUUUUCAUUCCCACUCACAAGAUGAAUUUAAGUUGCUUUAAUAUGGAAAGUCAAAUGCAUUUAGUUUUAGUUAAUUUAUUCUCCUUUAUACUACCUUUUCCAUCACCUUUUAUUAAAUAAAUAUUACUAAUCAUCAAAGAACAAAAUUUGUUUGGGCAUAUUUUAAUAACUUCUUUUCUGCUAGACUUGAGCACUUACAUAAUAGUACUAACUCUGUUUUCAUGUUUUCUUACCUAAAGUUAUUUAUUGCUGGCUACAUUCACUCUUCGAACAUGUUUGAGCUAAUAGAAUUAAUUUUUAUCAUGCUACUUAUAUUCUUGUAAUUUUUAAUGUGAUAGUACAUAUAAACUGUUAUCUGAGAAUGUAUUGAAAGUUGAAACUUAAAUCCUGUUGAACUUUUCUUCUAAUCAUCAAUCAGGCUAGGUGUUUUAUUUUUUAUCAACUAGAAAAACACAUAAUAUGGUACAGUAUCAAAUAUUGACCUCGAGAUUUUAGUACAGUUUGAUUUUCUCUACAAGCGUGUCCUCAACAGCUCAGAAGUUUGCAUCUCAAAAACUUACACAUUUCUUUGUAACUCAAGCUGCUUAUGAUUUAGAGCAAUUUUUUAAAAGAGAGAAAAUAAAACAAAAAAAAGAGAGGAAGUAGUAGUUGAUAUAAGCGAUACUGUAUCUUCUUGACGUUUAGUGCAGUAAGACUGUGACUGUACAUACACUGUGUAAUAUGGAAGAGAACAGAAUCGAACUGAACUUGACUGUGUCAUUUGUUUUGUGUACGUCAGUUUCCUCUGACAUUUUGAACAAUGAUCAAACUAAAAAGCAAACACACACAUUGGCACGCUGAGAAAGAUUGUUAAAACAGCAAGCAGGCUCAUUUUAUGUGUACAGUUGUAAUUUUAUAUAGGUUUGACUUGCCAUGCUAAAUCAAACAUUAUAUUUGGAAAACAAAAUUUGAAAAAAAAGCUGAAUAACAGGAAAGUGAGAUAACACCGCUAUCUGGUGGUGGUGAUGUUAAGAAUUAUUACUUGUGUAUACCAGGCACAUUAUUCACGAUGUCUCUUUAUUUAUGUAAACAUCAACCAUCUUGUGAUGUGUAUAUUAUAUAGUGCUGUUGUGUCCUGUUUUUGACACUUGUUUAAGAAAUGGCAUUAGUGACGAAAAAUAUGUGACACUGCUAUACUGCUUUUUUAUUUGAAGGAGAUAUUUAAGAAAAUAAUAUAAAUCCCAAUAUCUUCCAGAGAAUAACCCCAUUAAUAUUAUUAAACACUACUAAAAGUAAAGCUAGCCAGCAGUAUCGUCUGGGAAGCAUUUGUAGACAGUUCCUAGAGCAAUCUUCAGUUCCGUGAAGCUUCAUCCCAACUUCAUCUGAUAAAAGUUUUCAAUGUUGAAGUGGAAUAAAAAAAAAAAAUUAUUGCCUCAGUUCUAUGUUGCCGUGCCAUUUCUCUAACUGUGCCCUUUGUCUGUCAAGAGAGAUAAACUUGUGAUUUUAGAUUAUUUAUAUGAAAACUGUAGACUUAGGAGGUAGAUCCUACAGAAAUAAUGCUUUUAGAAUAUUUGCUUUGAAAAACAAUUAAAGUGAAUAAAAAAAUUAUCUUGUAGCCAUGCCAAGCUUAUAGGAAAAAAUAUAUAUUUAAUUCUCUUUGCUUUUUUUUAUUUAUUUAUUGUGUACAUAUAGUAAUACUUUAUUUUGAUUGUUCGCUCGUUUUUUAAAUUCACUCUUUCGCCUCUGUACUUGUGGAGUGUUUGUUUGACGACAGCUAGCUACUUGUUGGGGACUUUGACUGUAGAUAUUGUGUAUUGUACAUGUCUCUGAUGUCCUUAGGCUUGGCAUGGCCUGAGUGAAACAUUUUCACUCUCACAGUUACAUGAAAAAAAAAAUGACACUUUUCCUGGCUUUUUGUUAAAUAAAACGAGCAAGACUUUGUUGCGA